GUGUGUGUGUAUGUGUGUGUGUGUUGGGGGAGGGGGUUGUGUGUGUGUGUGUGUGUGUGUGUGUACGUGUGUGUGUGUACGUGUGUGUGCCUGCGCGUGUGUGAGUGCAUGUUGUGCGUGCGUGCAGACUUGGAGAGCUGCGCCUUUCUGUGGUCCUUUGUUAAAACCAGGACAGUAAACCACCUGAUUUAAUCAAUUAUCCAAUCACCUGACCAAAGCAGGAAACUGCAUUUGCUCAAUGAAACCAUGAUUAUCUAGAUUGGGUGGUUUAUGAAACCCCAAAGUGCAGCAGACUCCCUGGCUCUUCGCUCUUCAAGACUCAAAGAACUGUGUGAUAGAUAUUUCCAACUGCUGUUCAUGCAUCAAAUUUGAUUACAUUCAUACUGUAUUAGUUAAUAAUGCCGCAUUGGAACACAACAACAAUAAACUGCCAGUGUCAUGCAUAUCUGAUGAAUGUGUGUAUUCAAGAAUAUCUGAUGCAGUCCUCCCUUCAUUUGGUCUCCAUCUCUUUGGGUCUAUCUCUCUAGUUUCUCCGGGGGUGAAAGUGUACAUUGAUCCGUUCACUUAUGAGGACCCCAAUGAGGCAGUCCAUGAGUUUGCCAAGGAGAUUGACAUCUCGUGUGUGAAGAUUGAGGAGGUCAUUGGUGCAGGUAACCAACAUAGCUAGGUGUUGCAGUGGGGUGUUCAGAGGGCAAGGUUUUGGGAGGGAGUGGAUUUUGUGUUGGGGGGAGGGACGGAUGUUGGGGGGGAGGGGGGGUGCUGGGGGGAGGGGGGAUGUUGGGAGGGAUAGGGGAUAUUGGGGAUGGGGGGGAUGUUGGUUGAACAGGAUGUGUGUUGGGUGGGAGGAGUGUGUGUUGAGGGGCCAGUGUGUGUUUUUAGAGUAGGGGCAGGGGUUGUUGAGGGGGUUGUUGAGGGGGGAUGUGUGGGGAGGUGUCAGUGAAACAACUUCUCCUUCGCUUCUGUCAUCCACCAAAUCUGCUGUUUCUUCUCCGAGAGCAUGUGGUCUUUCUCCUAACUUCACCUUGAACCAUCUGCUCCUUUCUUUCUUUCAAUUCAAUUCAAUUCAAUUUUAGGGCUUUAUUGUCAUGGGAAACAUAUGUUAACAUUGCUAAAGCAUGUGAAGUAGAUAGUAAACAAAAGUGAAAUAAACAAUAAAUAUUAACAGUAAACAUUACACUCAGAAGUUCCAAAAGAAUAAAGACAUUUCAAAUGUCAUAUUAUGUAUAUAAACAGUGUUGUAACAAUGUGCAAAUAGUUAAAGUACAAAUGGGAAAAUAAAUAAACAUAAAUAUGGGUUGUAUUUACAAUGGUGUUUGUUCUUCACAGGUUGACCUUUUCUUGUGGCAACAGGUCACAAAUCUUGCUGCUGUGAUGGCACACUGUGGUUUUUCACCCAGUAGAUAAGGGAGUUUAUCAAAAUUGGGUUUGUUUUCUAAUUCUUUGUGAAUCUCUGUAAUCUGAGGGAAAUAUGUGUCUCUAAUAUGGUCAUACAUUUGGCAGGAGGUUAGGAAGUGCAGCUCAGUUUCCACCUCAUUUUGUGGGCAGUGUGCACAUAGCCUGUCUUCUCUUGAGAGCCAGGUCUGCCUACGGCGGCCUUUCUCAAUAGCAAUGCUCACUGAGUCUGUACAUAGUCAAAGCUUUCCUUAAGUUUGGGUCAGUCACAGUGGUCAGGUAUUCUGCCACUGUGUACUCUCUGUUUAGGGCCAAAUAGCAUUCUAGUUUGCUCUGUUUUUUUGUUAAUUCUUUCCAAUGUGUCAAGUAAUUCUCUUUUUGUUUUCUCAUGAUUUGGUUGGGUCAAAUUGUGUUGUUGUUGUCCUGGGGCUCUGUGGGGUCUGUUUGUGUUUGUGAACAGAGCCCCAGGACCAGCUUACCUAGGGGACUCUUCUCCAAGUUCAUCUCUCUGUAGGUGAUGGCUUUGUUAUGGAAGGUUUGGGAAUCGCUUCCUUUUAAGUGGUUAUAGAAUUUAACGGCUCUUUUCUGGAUUUUGAUCAUUAGCGGGUAUCGGCCUAAUUCUGCUCUGCAUGCAUUAUUUGGUGUUUUUCGUUGUACACUGUGGAUAUUUUUGCAGAAUUCUGCAUGCAGAGUCUCAAUUUGGUGUUUGUCCCAUUUUGUGAAUUCUUGGUCGGUGAGCGGACCCCAGACCUCACAACCAUAAAGGGCAAUGGGUUCUAUAACUGAUUCAAGUAUUUUUAGCCAGAUCCUAAUUGGUAUGUCGAAUUUUAUGUUCCUUUUGAUGGCAUAGAAGGCCCUUCUUGCCUUGUCUCUCAGAUUGUUCACAGCUUUGUGGAAGUUACCUGUGGCGCUGAUGUUUAGGCCGAGGUAUGUAUAGUUUUUUGUGUGCUCUAGGGCAAUGGUGUCUAGAUGGAAUUUGUAUUUGUGGUCCUGGCAACUGGACCUUUUUUGGAACACCAUUAUUUUACUGUCAGGGCCCAGGUCUGACAUAAUCUGUGCAGAAGAUCUAGGUGCUGCUGUAGGCCCUCCUUGGUUGGUGACAGAAGCACCAGAUCAUCAGCAAACAGACAUUUGACUUCAGAUUCUAGUAGGGUGAGGCCGGGUGCUGCAGACUGUUCUAGUGCCCUCGCCAAUUCGUUGAUAUAUAUGUUGAAGAGGGUGGGGCUUAAACUGCAUCCCUGUCUCAACCCACAGCCCUGUGGAAAGAAAUGUGUGUGUUUUUACGAAUUUUAACCGCACACUUGUUGUUUGUGUACAUGGAUUUUAUAAUGUCGUAUGUUUUUCCCCCAACCCCACUUUCCAUCAAUUUGUAUAGCAGACCCCAAUGCCAAAUUGAGUCAAAAGCUUUUUUGAAAUCAACAAAUUUAUAAGAUUUGCAUUUCUUCAUGUAAUUUUUUUUGCUGUUUGUUCUUUGUUAUAGGGCCAAAAAGAUUGGAGAGGUGGUUUACCCAUACAUCUCCAUUUUGGGAAAGAUAGCUCUUGGUGUUGUUGUUUGUUUAGUGUUUUCCUAUUUUCCCAGAAGUGGUUAGAGUCUAUGGAUUCUUCAAUUACAUUGAGCUGAUUUCUGACAUGCUGUUCCUUCUUUUUCCGUAGUGUAUUUCUGUAUUGUUUUAGUGAUUCACCAUAGUGAAGGUGUAGGCUCAGGUUUCCUGGGUCUCUAUGUUUCUGGUUGGAUAGGUUUCUCAAUUUCUUUCUUAGGUUUUUGCAUUCUUCAUCAAACCAUUUGUCACUGUUGUUACUUUUCUUCGGUUUUCUGUUAGAGAUUUUUAGAUUUGAUAGGGAAGCUGAGAGGUCAAAUAUACUGUUUAGGUUUUCUACUGCCAAGUUUACACCUUCACUAUUACAGUGGAACGUUUUGUCCAGGAAGUUGUCUAAAAUUGAUUUCAUUUGUUGUUGCCUAAUUGUUUUUUGGUAGGUUUCGACACUACUUUCCUUCCAUCUAUAGCAUUUCUUAAUAUUAUUCAGUUCCUUUGGCUUUGAUGCCUCAUGAUUGAGUAUUACUCUGUUCAAGUAGACUGUGAUUUUGCUGUGGUCUGAUAGGGGUGUCAGUGGGCUGACUGUGAACGCUCUGAGAGACUCUGGGUUGAGGUCAGUGAUAAAGUAGUCUACAGUACUACUGCCAAGAGAUGAGCUAUAGGUGUACCUACCAUAGGAGUCCCCUCGAAGCCUACCAUUGACUAUGUACUUACCCAGCGUGCGACAGAGCUGCAGGAGUUGUGACCCGUUUUUGUUCUCUCUUUUUCCUUUAUAAACUUUUCACCAAGGUACCAAAACCCCCAGGCUCCUCAUCCGUUCCCUCUCCCCCUCCACCGGUCCCAGGCACCUCAUCCAUUCCCUCUCCCCCUCUUCCGGUCCCAGGCUCCACUCCCGGUCGCAGGUCGAUCUUUCCUUCUCUCCAUCCCUCCCCAACCUCUCAGACCCCUAAGUUUCCUGUCUCUCUCUUUUCCUACCUUCCUCAUUCACUCUUUCUCCUUCACAGCUAAACCCACAUCCCAACCAGUAAUGCUCCCUCACUCCUCCUCCUCUUCCUCCUCUUCGGUUCAA